AUGACCGCUUCCUUCAGCGACCAGCCAACCACGGUGGCUGGAGCCCCCCCGAAGCGGCCGAGGCUGUCGCUGCAAAUCAAGGCCCUCGCCAACGGUCCGACUAUGCGGACGUCGAGGUGUCUCGCCGCCGCCGUUGAUGUCAAGUCGCCGACGUCGUUUAAUACCCUCUCUAAUGUCUACGCCACCGCUGUCGACCGGUCAACCCCCGUCCAGGAGAAGCCCCCCAUGGCCUUCGUGGGCGGGAGGAAGCCAACCCUGCGUCUGCAGACACAGGACGUCGAAGUGAAGAAGCCGAGUGCAAACACGCCGUACCUGGGGCCCUACCUCGACACCCCCAUAACCGCCCAGGCAAUGUCUCCGGCCGUGGCCAGGCAAGUCUUCUUUCCCAGCGCCAUGACGGCAACGCCACCCCUCUCAGCGCAGCCGCAAGAGCAGAACGGCGGUCAGGUGUUUACCUUUGACACUGCAACGCCCGCGACUGCCCUGCCACCGCCGGGGUUGGAUGCUCCUACUCCGGCGCCGGGGAACCAGAAUCCCAGGAGACGGACCACAAUGCCCAACAACACUAAGCUACCCUACACCCACCCGCGCAGUUUACGCAGCAUUCUUCGCAACUCACCUCUCCCGCCGCUCAGCACCAUGUCUCCCGAAUCUCCCAGGCGACAAUCGCUCCGGCUACAGGAAAAGGCUUUGCGCCGUGUGGCUUACAACAGCCCCCUGACGCAGGAAAUCACAACCAGCCGAUACGUCAAGUCCCAUAUCGACCUCCUCGCGGAGGAUGCUACGCCUAUCUCCCCCUCAGUCGCGUCUUCGGACGACAACGACAGUCUCCUCGACCAGGCCAUGGCUGAUGCGGCGAGCACGCGCGACGGAGGGCAGACGCCUGGUCCGUUUGAGGAGAUGCGCCGGCGCAUGGCCAACAUGCACGCAUCCACCCCGUUGGCGCUGUCGCCGACGGGCGGUGGCAUCCGCAAGAGGGGCGGGAAGCGCAAGGAGAAGAAGCGGCGGUGGGUGUGGACGAUUGGGCAGGACGAGGAUGCCGAGGAGGGCGAGGCCGUGGAUACCGAGCCGGUGACGGCCAAGAAGGACGCCCCUCCCUCGGUACCCGUCCUCGCCGUCCCCGCCCCGCGGCCGCGAACGCGAAAUCAGCAGGCGCUCGCCAAAGCAGUCGCUGCAGCAACCCAGGCGCAGGAACAGGCACAGACGCAAAAUCAGACGCAGGCGCAAGUACCACUCCUGGCCAUCCCCGUCCCGCCUGCCCGCGCCGCAACGAAAAUUCCUACCAUCCAACCCCCCGCACCGGCCCAAGCCGCGCCGCAAUCCGCGCCGCAACCCCAAUCCCAACCUCCACAACAACAAGAACAACAACAAGAGCAACAGCACCUCCAGCCACCACAACACACCCGCGAACUCACCCCCAUCCCGACAUCCCUCCUCCCCACCCGCCACUCCACCCCCGACUCCAUGUCCUCUGCCUCGUCCUCCUGCGUCAACAGCGUCCGCCACCUGACCCCCGAGCCCCUGGGCAUGGGGACAGGGAUGGGCAUGGGGACAGGGAUGGGCAUGGGCCUGAGCCUGAGCAUGGGUAUGGGCAUGUCGCCCCCGCUCGGCGGCAUGGUGGUCGUCGAGCCGCCCACACCGAGCAUGGAGUCGACCACCAGCACCGGCAGCAGCCUGCACAGCCGCGACGAGGUUGAUGUCGAGAUGUCGGAUGCGAGCAGCUUUACGUCGGUGGAGGCUGACGAGGGGGAGCAUGAAGCGGAUGUUGAGGGUGAUGAGGGGAGGGUUGGGAAGAAGGGGUUUGGUUUGGGUUUGGGGUUGUUGUAUACUACUGGUGGUGGUGCUGGUGCUGGCGGUUUCGGUGAUGGGGAUGUUGAGAUGGAUGAGGGCACGCCGACGAUGACUGCGCGACCGAUUGGGGAGAGGGGCGGCCAGGGGUGGGUGCCGUGGAGGGAUGUGGUUUCUGAGGAGGCUUUUUGAAGUAUUUGGUGUCUGCAGAGGCAAGGAAAUAAGGGCGCAUCAUGAAGCGAUGGGAUACAGGACAGCGAGCAUUAUUAUUGAUACCUGGGUCGGUAUUAUUGUACUUGUUUAUGAGUUGGAUACGAGGUUAUGAGGGAUGUGGGAUGUGGGAUGGAGAUCUAUGUAGUGUAUAACCGACUGCCGAGGACAGUCUCAAAAGAUAGCAACCAGAAAACAAAUGUAAAAUAUACAAAGUCAACAAUACUUCCCA